CUGAUUGGCUGUGUGUCAGGAAGUGGGCGCUGACAUCCGCAGGGAUGGAAGUGUUUUGAAGCGCUACGGUUUCCUGUUUCCUCCGGUGUACAGCGGGGUACCCGGUAUAACGGCGCCUACAGCCCGGGGGAGCCUGCACCAAUUUAACGUUGGGCUACAAGUUAUUGGAUCAUGGGCAACCAGCUAGCAGGAAUAGCUCCAUCUCAGAUCUUGUCGGUGGACAGUUAUUUUUCAGACAUUCAUGAGUUUGAGUAUGACAAGAGUCUGGGAAGUACACGGUUCUUUAAAGUUGCUAGAGCCAAGCAUAGAGAAGGCUUGGUGGUCGUCAAGGUCUUUGCUAUACAGGACCCAUCACUGCCGUUAACCAACUAUAAGCAGGAACUUGAAGAGUUAAAGAUUCGACUCUGCUCUUCUCAGAACUGUCUCCCUUUCCAAAAGUUCACUCUGAAUGAGAAGGCCGCUUUGCUCUUUAGGCAAUAUGUCAGGGAUAACCUGUAUGAUCGUAUCAGCACUCGCCCCUUCCUCAACAACAUUGAGAAACGGUGGAUUGCAUUUCAGAUCCUGACCGCUGUAGAUCAGGCACACAAGUCUGGAGUAUGUCAUGGAGAUAUCAAGACAGAAAAUGUCAUGGUGACGAGUUGGAACUGGGUACUUCUCACAGACUUUGCAAGUUUCAAGCCAACCUCUCUGCCUGAAGAUAACCCAGCAGAUUUCAACUAUUUCUUUGAUACCUCUCGGAGAAGAACUUGUUAUAUAGCUCCAGAAAGAUUUGUGGACGGUAGCACUUUUUCCACCGAACUAGAGUCUAUCAAGGAUCCAUCUACGCCACUGGUGGACCUUACCAAUAACAAUCAACGGACCCGAGGAGAUCUAAAGCGAGCAAUGGAUAUUUUCUCUGCAGGUUGCGUUAUAGCAGAGCUGUUCACUGAAGGGGUGCCGUUGUUUGACCUGUCCCAGCUUCUAGCUUACAAAAAAGGACAGUUCUCUCCAGAUCAAGCGCUGGGCAAAAUUGAAGACAGCUCCAUCAGACUGCUAGUGACUCAGAUGAUUUGCCGCGAGCCAGAAAAGCGACUGGCAGCAGAAGACUAUUUAAAGCAUCAAAGGGGCAAUGCGUUCCCUGAGAUAUUUUACACCUUUCUGCAGCCAUACAUGGCUCAGUUUGCUAAGGAAACCUUCAAUUCUGCCGAUGAACGCAUCCUGGUCAUCCGUAAGGAUUUAGAUAAUAUCAUCCAUAAUCUGUGUGGAGAUGAUCAGAGUGAGAAGGCCGAGGGGGAGACUAAGGAAAACGGCCUGCUCAUCUUGGUCUCGGUGAUAACUUCCUGUUUGCAGACAUUAAAAUACUGUGAUUCUAAGCUGGCAGCUUUGGAGCUUAUCCUCCAUCUUGCCCCUCGCUUAAGCGUGGAAAUUUUACUUGAUCGCAUCACCCCGUAUUUACUGCACUUUAGUAAUGACUCUGUGCCCAGAUUGAAAGCAGAAGCUGUGCGGACGCUGACCAAGGUGUUAGCCUUAGUAAAGGAGGUGCCAAGGAAUGACAUCAACAUUUAUCCAGAAUACAUCUUGCCUGGCAUUGCGCAUCUGGCUCAGGAUGAGGCGACUAUCGUUAGGCUGGCAUAUGCAGAGAACAUAGCAUUGUUGGCUGAGACGGCACUGAGGUUUCUAGAGCUGGUGCAGCUGAAAAACCUGAACAUGGAAAAUGACCCCGGCAGUGAAGAGCUGGAUGAGGUGUCUCAUCCCAGCGAGAACUAUGACAUAGAAUUGCAGGCUUUACACGAGAUGGUCCAACAAAAGGUGGUAACGUUGCUGAGUGACCCAGAAAACAUAGUAAAACAGACAUUAAUGGAAAAUGGAAUAACAAGGCUCUGCGUGUUCUUUGGCCGUCAAAAAGCCAAUGAUGUCCUUCUAUCUCAUAUGAUUACCUUCCUCAAUGAUAAGAAUGACUGGCAUCUCCGAGGAGCAUUCUUUGACAGUAUUGUUGGGGUUGCUGCAUAUGUGGGCUGGCAGAGUUCUUCCAUCUUAAAACCACUUCUCCAGCAAGGGCUGAGCGAUGUGGAAGAGUUUGUGAUAUUUAAGGCUCUUAAUGCCCUCACUUGUAUGUGCCAACUGGGACUUCUUCAAAAACCCCAUAUAUAUGAAUUCUCUUGUGACAUUGCACCCUUUUUGUGCCACCCAAACCUAUGGAUACGCUAUGGAGCAGUGGGGUUCAUUACUACAGUUGCUCAGCAGUUAAACAUUGCUGAUGUGUACUGUAAGUUAAUGCCAUAUCUACAUCCGUUUAUCACCCAACCUAUUAUUCAGAUAGACAAGGAAAUCGUUCUUCUGAGUGUGCUGAAGGAACCUGUAAGCAGGUCAAUAUUUGACUAUGCUCUGCGAUCAAAGGACAUUGCCAGCCUCUUCAGACAUCUACAGAUGCGUCAGAGGAAGAGGAAUGGUACUCUUCUUGAGUGUCCUCCUGCUGAAGAUCCAGCAGUGGCCCAGCUCUUGAAGAAACUGCUAUCACAGGGAAUGACAGAAGAUGAGGAAGAUAAGCUUUUGGCUCUUAAGGAUUUUAUGUUAAAGUCCAACAAAGCCAAGGCAAACGUGGCAGAUCAGAGUCACAUUCAUGAGAACUCUUUAAAAGGAGUGAUUGACCUGCAGACCUUGGGUAUAAGUGGAAGACAGUCAGAUCUUGUGAAAGUAAAAUUGGACACAGAAGAUAAGCGCCCACGAAAGCAUGUAAAGCAAGAUUCGAAUGUAAAUGAAGAGUGGAAGAGCAUGUUUGGUGCAAUGGAACCAGCAAACAUAACUCAGACUGUAAGAACUCUGCCUCCCACUGACCAGGAAGCCACGAAGUCUCUUCGCUCUGAAUCUUCUGCUGCCAUUAAUGUCCCCCUGUCCUUCUCACCACAGACAUCUGAAGGAGUAGGAAUCCAGUCAAGGAGACCCACGUUGCAGAUAUACACCAGCACAUAUCAGCCUUCAGCUUUACAAAUCCGCAUGACUACAUGUAAAAGUGAGCUUCAGCAGCUCAUCCAACAGAAACGGGAGCAGUGCAAUGCAGAGAGGUUAGCAAAGCACAUGAUGGAAAGUGCGGAAUGGGAGAGUAAGCCGCCUCCAACAGGAUGGCACCCAAAAGGCUUGCUGGUGGCACAUUUACAUGAACAUAAGGGCCCAGUAAACAGGAUCCGUGUUUCUGAUGAACAUUCCAUUUUUGCCACUUGCUCAAAUGAUGGAACAGUAAAAAUCUGGAAUAGUCAGAAAAUGGAAGGAAAAACCACUACAACAAGGUCGGUACUGACAUACUCCCGCAUCGGUGGACAUGUUAAAACCUUGACAUUUUGCCAGGGAUCACAUUACUUAGCUGUGGCUUCAGACAAUGGCAACAUACAGCUUCUUGGUAUCGAAGCUUCUAAACCACCAAAAUCGCCAAAAAUCCAUCCACUGCAAAGCAGGUGUCUGGAUCUACGGGAGGAUGGAUGUGUAGUAGAUAUGCACCUGUUCAAUUCAGGAUCACAGUCUGUGCUUGCUUAUGCAACAGUCAAUGGAUCUUUGGUUGGGUGGGAUCUGAGAUCUUCUAGUAAUGCCUGGACUUUGAAACACGAUUUGCGAUUAGGGCUGAUAACCUCAUUUGCAGUGGAUAUCCAUCAGUGCUGGCUGUGUAUUGGAACCAGUAGUGGUACUAUGGCAUGCUGGGACAUGAGGUUCCAGUUGCCAAUAUCCAGCCAUACUCAUCCAGCUCGGUCGAGAAUUCGGCGGCUCCUAAUGCAUCCCUUGAGCAUGCAUACAAUGUAUCAGUCUUGGGUCAUAGCUGCCGUUCAAGGCAAUAAUGAAGUCUCCAUGUGGGACAUGGAGACUGGAGAUAGAAGAUUCACAUUAUGGGCCAGCAAUGCUCCUCCACUCUCAGAAAUGCAGCCAUCACCACACAGUGUUCAUGGAAUUUACUGCAGUCCAGCAGAUGGCAACCCUAUAUUACUGACUGCAGGGUCUGACAUGAAAAUAAGAUUCUGGAACCUGGCCUGUCCAAAGAGAUCCUACAUAAUAGCCGGAAGCACUAACAAUCUGCCGUCCGUCUCUUAUUUCAGCAAGAUAAUUGAGGGCACAGAAGUUGUUCAGGAAAUCCAAAAUAAGCAUACUAUGGGACCCAGUGAAGAUGCUCCACGAAGAGGACCGGAGUCAUUGCCAGCUGGACACCAUGAUAUUAUUACAGAUAUUGCCACCUUCCAAACGACACAAGGUUUUAUAGUAACGGCAUCACGAGAUGGCAUUGUGAAAGUGUGGAAAUAAACUUGUCUUAAAACUGGAAGAUUUAGGCCUUAGACCUUACUCGCGUAGUACUGGCCAAAUACAAUGCUAGGCCAUUCUUGUAAAACCAGGCUACAGCUCUGACAUCAGCUUACCAAGUCUGGUACGAAAACUCAAUAUUAGGUGUCUUUGGAAAUGUUCUCUUUGAUAUUAAUGGGGUUGUCCAGAAUUUUGCUAUUGAUGGCCUGUCCCCAGCGCAGGCCAUCAGUAUCUGAGUGUGGUGGUGGUCCCACAAACCGCACCUCUACAAAUCGGCUGUUAGGGGUAGUUUUGGCACUAGAAGUCAGCACCAGAACUACACAGCUUCACCCAUUGUGUAGUGGAGGGAGCUGGUUACUUUAGGGCUGUUCCCAUUAGCUUCAAUGGGAGCAGCACUGCAGUAACCUGCUCCAUCCACCACCCAGUGAUCUGCAGUCCGGCACCCGAUCUACCCCAAAACAGCUGAUUUUCAGGAGUAUGGGUGGUUGGACCUCUGCUGGUCAGAUAUUGAUGAUCUGUUGUGAGGAAAGGCCUUCACUAGUAAAUGUUUGGAUAACUCCUGUUGUCUUAUUCUCAUGUGUACACCAACUGUAAAUUGUGGAUAUAUAAUAUUUAAAACCUUUUGUUAGUUUAUAUAGUAUUAUCUUGUUUAUAUGCGCUUAUCCUGACGUAUGGAUAUUGCACUACUGUUCACAUACUGCUAUUAACAAUAAUUAAAAAAACUUUGCCUAUCAAA